ACUAAAUAAAAAUAGACUGGUGUCUAGUGAUAGACAUUGUCAAAAAUCUUUCAUUUGGCAUACCUCAAAUUUCGAAACAAAAAAUUGAAAAUGCGCAAGGUUGGAGCAAUUGGAGUUCUAAUUCUUCUCGGAUUCAUUUUCAAUGCAGUUUCAGUUUUCACUGAUAGCUGGCUUGUUUGGUCCUACGCGAAAAUUCAAGUAACUCGCGGUAUUGUUCCCUAUUCUUCGAGUGAACCAACAUGGCUGGCGGCUGCCAGUUGGAUGAUGUUCAUCUCAUUUGGUUUGUUCUUCCCGGUUAUUCUGAUCUACUUGCACGCGUCACACAAGGUAUACCACCAUGGAUGCUGCCACAGUAUUCGACAUAAUUUUAAUGGGAUCUCACUACUGUGUUCAUUGAUUGUUAUUCUACAAGCAGUUGCCUUUAUUCUAAUGGCUGCUAAUGCUUCGGAUUACUACGGAAGUCUUGGAUAUUCUGCGUAUUUCGCUUUGGUCUCUGGAAUUCUCACAACAAUUGCAAUGUCUUUAUCAGGACAUGUUUCACGCCAUGAUUGUCAUUAAACGUUUAUUAUUCGAUUUUUCUUUCAAUAAACGGGUGACUUCGUU